AUGGCAACGCUCCUCAAGCGCAAACGCUCCGCCGCCGAGCUCUGCCCUCCUACUGCCGACAACUCUAUGAUGGUCCUCGACGCACCGGCCCUGCACAGCCGCACCCUCAAGCGAUACCGCGACAACAGGCCGUCUGACGAGGAGGUCCAUCAGCACACCCUGGACCUCCUGUACUCGGCACAGCAGAGGCAGCAGGGCCAGCUUCAAGACCCCGUCGCCCAGCCCGAGCCCGAGGCCCAGCAGCAGCCAGCCGCGAACCCGAACUCGGACGGCCAGCAGUCGCUGCACCGCUUCUGGGACAUUGGCUCCGAGCCCAGCUCGGGCACCUCGUCGCCCGGCAUCGCGAAUCCCAGCGCGCCGCCCACCAAUUGCGACGACUGCGGCGCUGCCCUGGCUGGGAACGACGACGACAUGGAUGUGGACAGCGGCGCUGCGCAAGACACGGCGUGUGGCGCAUGCGGCAAGCACGUCUGCUUCAGCUGCUCGGUGAGCAACCUCGGCGAGCAGAAGCGCUGCCUGCAAUGCGCCGGCCGAAGGGUCUGGAUUGGUGGCAUUGGCUGGACUAAUGCUGGUGUCUCGGUUUGUUAA